AUGGCAAACAAAAUCGAUCAUACACACCCUCUGUAUUUGUCUUCUUCUGAUGUCACAGGUGCAGUUCAAAUUGGGAUUCAACUUGUAGGGAUGGAGAAUUAUACUUUGUGGAUCGAUUCUGAGAAGAAACAGUGGGAUCGAUGUAAUGCAAUGGUGCUUUCAUGGCUUAUGAACAAUGUGAGCAAGGAAUUGAUGAGUGGAAUCCUAUUUCGUUCUAAUGCAUCACUGGUUUGGAGUGAUAUGAAGGAACGAUUUGACAAAUUGAAAGAUCUGUGGGAUGAAUUUGAUUCAAUUGUUCCUCCUCCAUCUUGUAAUUGUGAAAGAUCUAAAGAAUAUGUUGAUAGCAUGCUUAGACAGAAGCUUCUGCAGUUUUUGAUGGGCUUGAAUGACAAUUAUAGUCAUGCUCGAAGCCAAAUUCUCAUGAUGAGUACACCUCCAACUGUUAAUCAAUGUUAUGCUAUGAUAAUUCAAGAUGAAAGUCAAAGAGAGUUAAGUGGAGAUCACUAUAAUUUAGGAGGGCAAAUGGAUCCUACAGCUUUGUUCACUAGUAGAUCCGGAGGGAACAAUUUUAGUGGUCAGAAUAAUCGAAGUGGUAAUGUGAAGUUUAACAAACAGAGAAGUGGAUAUUUGUAUUGUGAUCAUUGUGAUAUGAAAGGCCACAAUAGAGCUGAUUGUAACAAGCUGAAGUACUGUGUUCACUGUCACAAACAUGGACAUCUAAAGGAAUCUUGCUAUCAGUUAAUAGGCUAUCCUACCAAUUAUAAAGGGAAGAGACAAGCAAAUGUUAUGACAACAGACUACAAUCCUCAAUUUAACAAUUCAGGUAGCUCAACUAAUGGUAAUGUUGUAGAUCAGAUGCAGCAGUUUAAGAGUGGUGAUUCACAUCAGAUGUCACAACAAUAUGAAAGUAAUCCAAGUUCAAGUGGUUCAGGAGCUGUUUUAUCUCAACAUUUUACACCUGAUCAAUACCAACAAGUUUUGCAGAUGAUGAACAAGUCAUUGAUUCAUGAGGGAAUCUACCAAUAG